CUGAAGGACAAACCCACACUUUCAUUCUCUACCUCCCUCCAUCGCCGUCUUCUCCUCGUUCGCUGUGGAGCUUGAACAGAGGAUGGGUGUGAUCCUGCCCGGAGGGAAGGUGUGAUCUCUGAAGAUGUUGACGGAUGGAAAGAUGGAGGGAAAAUAGAAGCGUGAUGUUGCCGUGGUGUCUGCUGAGCCAGCGAUUUCUGCCUCACACAUAGAGAGAGAGAGAGAGAGAGAGAGAGAACUCUGCAGUUCAUCUUCAGUGUCUCUCGCUCUCUUAGUCUUUCUGCCUUAAGCCUGAAGACGUAAAACUCAGCUCAUUUUUAACCUAAAACUCUGAGUACUUCCGGUUUCAGAGUCUGCUGGACUCCCCGAUCCUGGUGGUUCUGGAAGUUCUCAGUGGACUUUCUGGUCCAUGUGGACCCAUCUGGUCUGAGUCCUCCUACUGUCCUCUGGAGUUUUUAAAUCAUGGAGCUUCAGAGCGCCACAGCUGGGCUCCCUGGCCCGCUGUCUCCCCCUUCCCCAGCCUCGGACUAUGCCGGGCUGCUGUCCCCAUCCUCCGGCCCCGGUCCAUCUCAUGGUGGCAGCCCGGGCCGGAGCACCAGUCCUGGUCCUGGGUUCCCGGGACAGGCCGCCUUCAACUACAACCAGCUGGAAGGGAGGUUCAAACAACUUCAGGAUGAGCGUGAGGCGGUGCAGAAGAAGACCUUCACUAAGUGGGUGAACUCCCACCUGUCCAGGGUUUCCUGUCGAAUCACAGACCUCUACAUGGACCUGAGGGAUGGACGCAUGCUCAUCAAGCUGCUGGAGGUCUUGUCUGGAGAGAGGCUGCCGAAACCUACGAAGGGCCGGAUGCGGAUCCACUGUCUGGAAAAUGUAGACAAGGCUCUGCAGUUCCUGAAGGAACAGAGAGUUCACCUGGAGAACAUGGGCUCCCAUGACAUUGUGGAUGGAAACCACCGGCUCACUCUGGGGCUCAUCUGGACCAUCAUCCUUCGAUUCCAGAUCCAGGACAUCAGCGUGGAGACGGAGGACAACAAGGAGAGGAAAUCUGCUAAAGAUGCUCUGCUGCUCUGGUGUCAGAUGAAGACUGCAGGAUAUCCAAAUGUCAACAUCCACAACUUCACCACCAGCUGGAGAGAUGGGAUGGCCUUCAACGCUCUCAUCCACAAACACAGGCCUGAUCUGAUCGACUUUGAUAAGCUGAAGAAAUCAAAUGCUCACUACAACCUGCAGAAUGCCUUUAACCUGGCCGAACAACACCUGGGCCUCACCAAGCUUCUGGACCCUGAGGACAUCAGUGUGGACCAUCCUGAUGAGAAGUCCAUCAUCACCUAUGUGGUCACCUACUAUCACUACUUCUCCAAGAUGAAGGCGCUGAAAGUGGAGGGGAAGAGAAUUGGAAAGGUCUUGGAUAACGCCAUUGAGACGGAGAAGAUGAUUGAGAAGUACGAGUCGCUGGCGUCUGACUUGUUAGAGUGGAUUGAACAAACCAUAAUCAUCCUCAACAACAGGAAGUUUGCUAACUCUCUGGUUGGAGUCCAGCAGCAGCUGCAGGCCUUCAACACGUACCGGACUGUGGAGAAACCACCAAAGUUUACAGAGAAAGGGAACCUGGAGGUUCUUCUAUUCACCAUCCAGAGUAAGAUGAGAGCUAACAACCAGAAAGUAUACACUCCUCGAGAGGGUAAACUCAUCUCAGACAUCAACAAGGCAUGGGAGCGCCUGGAGAAGGCGGAGCAUGAACGGGAACUGGCUCUGAGGAUGGAGCUGAUUCGCCAGGAGAAACUGGAGCAACUGGCUCGACGCUUCGACCGUAAAGCCGCCAUGAGGGAGACGUGGCUGAGCGAGAACCAGAGGCUGGUCUCCCAGGAUAACUUCGGAUUUGACCUCCAGGCCGUGGAAGCAGCUACAAAGAAGCAUGAAGCUAUAGAAACCGACAUUGCAGCCUAUGAGGAGCGAGUUCAGGCGGUGGUUGCCGUGGCGAAGGAACUGGAGGCAGAGAGUUACCAUGACAUCAAGCGCAUCACGGCCAGGAAGGACAACGUGAUCCGGCUGUGGGAGUACCUGCUGGAGCUGCUGAAGGCCCGGCGGCACAGGCUGGAGCAGAACCUGAACCUGCAGAGGGUCUUCCAGGAGAUGCUGUACAUCAUGGACUGGAUGGACGAGAUGAAGAUGCUGCUGCUGUCUCAGGAUUACGGGAAGCACCUGCUGGGGGUGGAGGACCUGCUGCAGAAACACGCCCUGGUGGAGGCCGACAUUGGCAUCCAGACCGACCGGGUCCGCAUGGUCAACAGCAACGCUCAGAAGUUCGCCAACGACACUGAGAGUUAUAAGCCCUGUGAUCCUCAGAUCGUGAAGGACCGGGUCGCUCACCUGGAAUUCUGCUACCAGGAGCUGAGCCAGCUGGCGGCUGAGCGCCGAGCCCGCCUCGAGGAGUCCCGCCGCCUCUGGAAGUUCUUCUGGGAAAUGGCUGAAGAGGAGGGAUGGAUUAGGGAGAAGGAGCAGAUCCUCUCCUCCGAGGAUUAUGGGAAGGAUCUGACGGGCGCCUUGCGGCUGCUGAGUCAACACAAAGCUUUUGAGGAUGAGAUGAGCGGUCGAGCCGCCCACCUGCAGCAGACCAUCAAACAGGGCGAGGAGCUGGUGGCUGACAACCACUUCGGAGCUGACAAAAUCAAAGAGCGAAUCCAGGACAUCCAGGAGCAGUGGGCAGCUCUGGAGCAUCUUUCUGCUGUACGGAAAGCUCGUCUGCAGGAGGCCUGCAACCAGCAUCAGUUCCAGGCUGAUGCAGAUGAUAUUGACACGUGGAUGCUGGACGUACUGCGGAUUGUGUCCAGCGUCGAUGUCGGCCACGACGAGUUCUCCACACAGGCUCUGGUGAAGAAACACAAAGAUGUUGCAGAAGAGAUCGGCAGCUACCGACCCGUCAUCGAUGCUCUGCACGAACAGUCCAGAACUCUGCCGCCUGAGAAGGCCAACUCUGAGGAGGUCCAGAACCGGCUGGCGGGCAUUGAGGAACGUUACAAGGAGGUGGCUGAGCUGACCCGACUCCGGAAGCAGGCGCUGCAGGAUGCUCUGGCGCUCUACAAGAUGCUGAAUGAAGCCAGCUCCUGCGAGCUGUGGAUUGAUGAGAAGGAGCAGUGGCUCAACAGCAUGGAGAUCCCGGAAAAACUGGAGGACCUGGAGGUGGUCCAGCACCGGUUUGAGAGUCUGGAGCCGGAAAUGAACAGCCAGGCUUCCCGGGUUGCCGUGGUGAACCAGGUUGCCAGGCAGCUGAUCCACAGUGGACAUCCCAGUGAGAAGGAGAUCAAAGCUCAGCAGGACAAACUCAACACCAGCUGGAGUCAGUUCAGAGACCUGGUGGACCAGAAGAAGGAGAGCCUCAACUCAGCUCUGGGAGUCCAGAACUACCACCUGGAGUGUAACGAAACCAAGUCCUGGAUCAAGGAGAAGACCAAGGUAAUUGAGUCAACCCAGGAGCUGGGGAACGACCUGGCCGGCGUCAUGGCUCUGCAGAGGAAGCUGACAGGGAUGGAGCGUGACCUGGUGGCCAUCGAAGACAAGCUUGAUGACCUGGGAAAAGAGGCGGGCCGCUUGGCAUCUGAGCAUCCGGAACAAUCCGAGGCCAUCAAAGGGCGUCUAGCUGAGAUCACUGGUGUCUGGGAUGAGAUGAAGGACACCUUGAAGAACCGGGAGGAGUCGCUGGGUGAGGCCAGCAAGCUUCAGCAGUUUCUACGCGACCUGGACGACUUCCAGUCCUGGCUGUCACGGACACAGACAGCCAUCGCCUCUGAAGACAUGCCGAACACGUUGGCAGAGGCCGAGAAGCUGCUGGCCCAGCAUGAGGGAAUCAAGAACGAGAUCCGCAACUACGAAGAGGACUACCAGAAGAUGAGGGACAUGGGUGAGAUGGUGACGCAGGGCCAGACAGAUGCCCAGUACAUGUUCCUGCGUCAGCGGUUGCAGGCGCUCGACACCGGCUGGAACGAGCUCCACAAGAUGUGGGAGAACCGACAGAACCUGCUGUCCCAGUCUCACGCCUACCAGCUGUUUCUCCGGGACACCAAGCAGGCCGAAGCCUUCCUCAAUAACCAGGAGUAUGUUCUGGCUCACACUGAGAUGCCCAGCACUCUGGAGGCUGCAGAGGCUGCCAUCAAGAAGCAGGAGGACUUCAUGACCACCAUGGACGCCAAUGAGGAGAAGAUCAGCAGCGUGGUUGACACCGGCCGCCGUCUGGUUGCCGAUGGCAACGUGAGCUCUGAGCGCAUCCAGGAGAAGGUGGACUCCAUCGACCAGAGACACAAAAAGAACCGACAGGCUGCCAAUGACCUGCUGAUGAAGCUCAAGGACAACAGAGACCUGCAGAAGUUCCUGCAGGACUGCCAGGAGCUGACCCUGUGGAUCAAUGAGAAGAUGCUGACAGCUCAGGACAUGUCAUACGACGAGGCCAGGAACCUCCACAGCAAGUGGCUGAAACACCAGGCCUUCAUGGCUGAGCUGCAGUCCAACAAGGAGUGGCUGGACAAGAUCAAUAAGGAUGGCCAGACGCUGAUGGCAGAGAAACCAGACACAGAAGCCAUGGUGAAAAACAAGCUAACGUCCUUGAAGACUAUGUGGGAGGUCCUGGAGUCCACUACCCAGACCAAAGCCAAGUGUCUGUUUGACGCCAACAAGGCCGAGCUCUUCACACAGAGCUGCGCUGACCUCGACAAAUGGCUGAUCGGCCUGGACGGACAGCUGCAGUCAGAUGACUACGGCAAAGACCUGACCUCCGUCAACAUCCUGCUGAAGAAGCAGCAGAUGCUGGAGAACCAGGUGGAGGUGCGUCAGAAGGAGGUGGAGGAGCUGCAGAGUCAGUCUCAGGCUCUCAGCCAGGAGGGGAAAGGCUCUGAGGAGGUGGAUGGCCAGAGGAUCAACGUGGAGAAAAAAUUCCAGGCCCUCCAAGAACCGCUAAAAAUGAGACGAGAAAACCUUAUGGCUUCGCGCGAGAUCCACCAGUUCAACCGAGAUGUGGAGGAUGAAAUCCUGUGGGUGGAGGAGAGGAUGCCUCUGGCCACGUCCACUGACCACGGACACAACCUGCAGACCGUACAACUGCUCAUCAAGAAGAAUCAGACUCUGCAGAAAGAGAUCCAGGGACACCAGCCUCGCUAUGACGACAUCUUCGAGCGCAGCCAACACAUCCUAAGGGAGGGCAGCCCCACAGCCGAGCUGAUCCGCCAGCGGCUCGCCGACCUUCAGUCACUGUGGGACAAAAUCCAGAAGGAGACAGAGAAUCGCCACGUCCGACUCAGCGAGGCCCGCGAGGCCCAGCAGUACUACUUCGAUGCUGCCGAGGCCGAGGCCUGGAUGAGCGAGCAGGAGCUCUACAUGAUGUCAGAGGAGAAGGCAAAGGACGAGCAGAGCUCAGUGGCCAUGCUGAAGAAGCACCAGAUCCUGGAGCAAGCCAUGGAGGAUUACGCUGAUGCCGUCCACCAGCUGUCCAGCACCAGCCGGAGCCUGGUAGCUGCAGGACACCCCGACAGUGAGCGUAUCGGGAUGCGUCAGUCUCAGGUGGACAAGCUAUAUGCCGGGCUCAAGGACUUGGCCGAGGAACGUCGGGGGAAGCUGGACGAGCGUUUCCGGCUCUUCCAGCUCAACCGAGAGGUGGACGACUUGGAGCAGUGGAUUGCUGAGAGGGAGGUAGUGGCUGGAUCUCAUGAACUGGGACAGGACUAUGAACAUGUCACGAUGCUGCAGGAGCGUUUCCGGGAAUUCGCCCGAGACACCGGGAACAUUGGUCAGGAACGAGUGGACAGUGUCAACCGGCUGGCGGAUGAGCUGAUCAACUCAGGCCAUGGUGACGCCGCCACCAUCGCCGAAUGGAAAGAUGGCCUGAAUGAGGCCUGGGCCGACCUGCUGGAGCUCAUUGAUACCCGGACGCAGAUCCUCGUCGCCUCGUACGAGCUCCACAAGUUCUACCAUGACGCCAAGGAGAUCCUCAACCGCAUCCUGGACAAACAUAAGAAGCUUCCGGAAGAACUGGGCCGAGACCAGAACACGGUGGAGGCCCUGCAGAGAAUGCACACCACCUUCGAGCACGACAUCCAGGCUCUGGGAACCCAGGUCCGGCAGCUUCAGGAGGACGCUGUCCGCCUGCAGUCGGCUUAUGCUGGAGACAAAGCUGAUGACAUUCAGAAGAGAGAGGGAGAGGUCCUGGAAGCCUGGAAGAACCUGCUGGAGGCGGUGGAGGGCCGACGGGUGAAGCUUGCAGACACUGGGGAUAAGUUCCGCUUUUUCAGCAUGGUGCGCGACCUGAUGCUGUGGAUGGAGGAUGUCAUUCGCCUGAUCGAGGCCCAGGAGAAACCCAGGGACGUGUCGUCGGUGGAGCUACUGAUGAACAACCAUCAAGGUAUCAAGGCGGAGAUCGAUGCCCGCAACAACAGCUUCACUGCCUGCAUCGAGUUGGGGAAAGGCCUGCUGGCCAGGAAGCACUACGCUUCAGACGAGAUUAAAGAAAAGUUGCUGCAGUUGACGGACAAGAGGAAAGACAUGAUUGACAAGUGGGAGGACAGAUGGGAGUGGCUCAGACUAGUCCUGGAGGUGCACCAGUUCUCCAGGGACGCGGGUGUGGCCGAGGCCUGGCUGCUGGGACAGGAGCCCUACUUGUCCAGCCGGGAGAUGGGACAGAGUGUGGACGAGGUGGAGAAGCUCAUCAAACGCCACGAGGCCUUCGAGAAGUCUGCUGCCACCUGGGAGGAGCGCUUCGCUGCGCUGGAGAGGCUGACCACGAUGGAGUUACUGGAAGUGAGACGAAGGCAAGAGGAAGAAGAAAGGAGGAGACAACCCCCACCAUCUGAGGAUCAGGCUGCUGAUGCUGCAGCACAGCCAAGGGACGGCGAGCCGGCAUCUCAGAAUGGGCUGCCAUCCGAUCAGGAGUCUCCCAGGGAUAACAUUGAAGUGGUGAAUGGGGUGUCGGAACCCAGCCCCUCGGGGUCUCCCAGGGCAUCACGCAAGGGCAAGCCCAGCCAAGCAGCCACCCUGCCCGCCAAAACCCAACAGGAUGCUCCCACGUCCCAGCUGGAAGGCUUCCUGCACCGCAAACAUGAGUGGGAGGGCCACAACAAGAAGGCAUCAAGCAGGUCAUGGCACAAUGUCUACUGUGUGAUCAACCACCAAGAAAUGGGUUUCUAUAAGGAUCAGAAGAGUGCCAGUCAGGGAAUUCCCUACCACAGUGAAAUCCCUAUCAGCCUAAAAGACGCUGUGUGUGAAGUGGCGCUGGAUUACAAGAAGAAGAAGCAUGUAUUCAAGCUCAAGAUAACUGAUGGGAAUGAAUAUCUCUUCCAAGCCAAAGAUGAUGAGGAGAUGAACACAUGGAUUUCAGCCAUCUCCAUCGCCGUGACGGGUGACAAGUCAGAGGUCACGCCCAGCAGCCAUAGCACGCCUGUCCCAGCUGCACGCGCUCAGACCCUGCCGGCCUCUGUCGCCACAGCUGCAGAGUCGAGCCCGGGCAAACGAGAAAAAGAAAAGGAGAAGCGCUUCAGUCUGUUCAGCAAGAAGAAAUAGACGCUCUUCCCCCUCCCCUUCUUCCCUCUGGGGCUGUUUGGUGUUGGCCCCCCUCAUCAGUUGAUCUUUGGUUGAAUAUUAGCUAAAGAUGUUGCCUCAAUCAGCCAAACUAUCGAUUUAGAAUGUGCUCAUAGCAACUGAUCCUGUCAUAACAAAGAAUUAGUAAAAUAACUGCUCAGAAUGUAGUUACAUUUAUUUAAUGUAAACCGUUUAGUCUUAAAUUACCAGAUGAUAUUAACCUGAUUCGGUUUUUAACACCAUAUAACAAACUAUUCCUUCCGCUUCUAGCAGUUACAACCUGCACAGUUGCUCUGUCAGCUCCAAUCCCAAACAGCUACUAUUCUCUUCUUUCUUCCUGUUCCUCCUCUUCCUCUCAAAGCGUGACUAGCAUAAGCUCCGAGGCAAAACUCUGCUCCCUGUGCCUAUCAACCGUCCGGUCGGCUCAGAGCUACAGUCCAAUGCACCACCUCCAUCCUCCGUCAGUCUACAGGAAGAUACGGAGCAGGAAGGAGGUCUGCACGCUUCAGGCAGCUGUUUGAUGCUCAACAACACCAACGUGUGGAGGAGUUCCCAGCUGAUCCCAUUUAUUAUUCUUAUAGCUAUUCUUUGUGUUUUAUAUCUCCAACGUUUUUUUUUUUAUUUUCCCAGCUUUCUGUCUGAUCAUGUUCACUGUUCUGAGUCAUUUUCAAUUUUUUUUUCAACUUGUAGGUAGGUAGCUCCUGUUCAGGGCCAUCCUUAUUUUAUUUUUAUUUUAUUUUAUUUUUUUGCAACCCUUUGUCAUUGCAAGUUGACAUGUAUCCCUCUGUUGCAGGGAAACUGAGACCACAGCAGGGUAAUCCUCUGAAAUUACAUCUGAAACUUAAAGGUUUUGAAAGUCCACACUCCUUUUGUGAAAGUGCAGAUUAAAAAGUGAGAAAGAGUUGUGCGCACUGAAUAAUAUGGUGCAUAUGGUAUGGUAUAAUGGUGCAAUAACCAGUGAGAAGCAAACAAUGGCGGUCAUGCUCUGUUCAGCUCUGCUUUGGUCUAAUUCCUUCAGCAGCACUGAGAACAAACAGUUCACCUGCGGUGCUUUGAACUAUAUGUAUAACUUGUGUAUAACAAACUGUUCAAAAUAAACAUGUUAUUAUUACUUGUACUAAUGAGAGUAACCAUGAAAAGUUUCGUUGAAUAAAAGUUUCUUUCUGUGAAAACACUUCAGAGGUCUGAAUGAAGGAGGCGUUGACGCAGAGUGAUGGACUAGUAAGUUACUGAGACUAGUAGGAAUGCUUAAUAGCUCAAAUUGGAAAACAUCCAGUGUGAUUUUUUAUUUACAUUUCUGAAACUUUGCCCUUUACUUGCCUGAAAGGUGUUUUGUUUCCAUUCUCUUUGUUUGUAAGGUUCAUUUGGUCAGAGUAUGAAGAUGUUCUGUACAAGCAUUGCUGUUAAGUGGAGUGUUGGUCAUAAAAGGCAUUUACUGGAAUGUAGUAAUGUUGCAGAAUAAUGGUUGCUUGCUUGUAGGCUUCAGCUCUCUUUUUCUUGUAUUUCAGACUUUUGCUGCCUUUGUAGUGAAAACUGUUGAGAUUUUGUCUUUCAGAUACCGAAGUUCCUUAAUGACAGUAUAAUUAACCUGCUUCAUAAAUAUGCUUUUAUUAAACUAGACUAUCUUGUAAAAGGCCCAAAUUUUCGCCCCACUACAAAAAAAGAAUCUUGCUCAGGAAACACUGCUCACUUCAUGUUCAUCAGUUAAAUAAACUUUAGUUCAAAAUUAAUGUAAAACACGAACACAUUGAUGCAAAAUAAUGUGGGCUAAACAAUGCAAAUGUGCUCCAGUUUUUAGGAGGCAAUUAGGAAUGUGAUUUUGGAACUUACAGACUAUGCUAAUAUGUUUAGUAGUUUUGCGCUGAGCUCGAUUUCUUCUGACUUAUUUUUUGAGAGUCAGCAUGCUAAAGAAGUCCAAAACUUUUCUGGGUACUUUAUCUUAUUUGAGCUUCUGCACCAACACUUAAAUAUGCUAACCUCUGAACCUUCUACAAAGCUCGUCUGUCCUCACUUUGCUUUAUUUUCAGGCAACUAAUCAACUGUUACUGUAGUAACCAAGAAAUUAGAGUUGUUUUGCAGAAGGUCUCCACCAGGGGGUGCUUUGGAGACAAAUUUUAAAGCAGGGCUGUAAUUUUAAGCUCAGGUCUGCUUUCCCUUGUUCAAACUGUGUAGUUGAAAUAAAAAUCAUGUUGGCCCUGCUAUAGGCUGGCAACCUGUCCAGGUGUGCCCUACCUCUUACCUGGUACUUGCCAGGAUAGGCUCCAGCUUCCACACGGCCCUGAAUUGGACUAAGUGUCAUAGAAAAUGGAUAGUUAUGUUGAAAGCAAAUAUAAAAGUAUUAGAAUUGUCAUCAUAUUAGUUGGUGCUUUAGCUGGUGCUUAACUUUAUUUUGUUAAGACCCCAAAGUGAUUCUACUACAACCCCUAACGGUGAACAUCACAUUUAAACCUAAAAUUUUCUCAGUAAUUUUAAGGUUUAACUCAUCUGAACCUUCACUUUCAGCUGGUGAAGGGAGGUUAUGGUUUAUUCAACAGCCAACAACUGAAAUUAGAAAAAAAUUGCCAACAAGAACAUUUUGAAGCGACCAUACCAGAAAAGGUGAGUUCAUAUUUCAAGCUGAUAUUCUUGCUUGAAGGUUUCCUCUUGUAAUUUUGUCAUUAAUGAACUUCUGCAAAUGCAAGCGAUAAAAAGGGUGUGUAAACCAGCAUGAAUGAACCCAAAUCUGUGAGAAAUGGGUGGUGGUGGAGGGGUCAGACUAAGAGUUGUCCACAUCAGAUAACUUAUAAAACUCUUCACUGGGUGUUUGGCCGCCUUCUGUUUUGUGCUAGAAUCUGAUCAUUUUAUAAAUAUUGUGUGCAUUGUUCUGUCACUUUAACUAUAGAAAUGAGAUAUUACUUUGUAUUGCACAAUUAAUGCCACGACAAGGGUGGGUGGGACUUUGGAGGGGGGGAUUUGUAGGUGAAGUGGUGUGAUGUGGACUGGGAGUCACUGCUCGUUGGGUGUGCAUUUGUAGACUUCUCCCCUUCAUUCUGUUACAUAUGUGCAAAAGCCAUUAAAAUGCUUCUCAAACA